AUGAUGAUGGUUAUAACACUGGAAAGCUUUGAUGGAAUUGUAAGUAGAGUUGGUGCCUCUAGCCCAAGGUCGGUGGCUAGAAUGGAUGGAGAUAUUAUCAUAGGAGCUUUGUUUUCUGUACACCACCAGCCACCUGCUGAAAGGGUACCAGAGAGAAAAUGUGGAGAAAUCAGAGAACAGUAUGGCAUCCAGAGGGUAGAAGCCAUGUUUCACACAUUGGAUCUGAUUAACAUGGACCAGACGUUGCUACCCAACAUUACCCUGGGGACAGAAAUACGAGACUCUUGUUGGCAUUCAUCUGUAGCCCUGGAGCAAAGCAUAGAAUUCAUACGAGAUUCUCUAAUUUCCAUAAGAGAUGACAAAGAUGGCAUCAGCAAAUGUUUAGAUGCCACACCAACCCCUCAGGGCAGAAUUAAAAAGCCUAUUGCUGGCGUGAUUGGACCAGGGUCUAGUUCUGUAGCAAUCCAAGUUCAGAACCUGUUGCAACUUUUUGAUAUACCACAGAUCGCUUAUUCUGCAACAAGUAUUGACCUGAGUGACAAAACUUUAUUUAAAUACUUUCUGCGGGUGGUCCCCUCUGACAUUCUUCAAGCCAGGGCUAUACUGGACAUCGUGAAAAGAUAUAACUGGACUUAUGUGUCUGCUGUCCAUACAGAAGGAAACUAUGGAGAAAGUGGGAUGGAGGCUUUUAAAGAACUUGCUGCACAAGAAGGCCUGUGCAUUGCCCACACUGACAAGAUCUACAGCAAUGCAGGAGAGAAAAGCUUUGACCGACUGCUCAGAAAACUUCGUGAAAGAUUGCCAAAAGCAAGAGUGGUGGUUUGUUUUUGUGAGGGAAUGACAGUGCGAGGACUUUUAAUGGCGAUGAAGAGAUUGGGUGUGAUCGGCGAAUUUCUUCUUCUUGGAAGUGAUGGUUGGGCAGACAGAUAUGAAGUCAUAGAUGGCUUUGAAACUGAGGCGAAUGGAGGAAUUACCAUAAAACUUCAGUCCCCAGAGGUCAGGUCCUUUGAUGACUAUUUUCUAAGCCUACGUUUGGACACCAAUUCACGAAAUCCUUGGUUUAGUGAGUUUUGGCAAUACCGAUUCCAGUGUCGUAUUCCAGGACAUCCUCAAGAAAAUACCAACUUUAAAAAGAUUUGUAAAGGCAAUGAAAGCUUAGAAGAAAAUUAUGUGCAGGACAGCAAAAUGGGAUUUGUCAUCAAUGCAAUCUAUGCAAUGGCUCAUGGCCUCCAUGACAUGCAUGAAUCCAUGUGCCCAGGUCAUGUCGGUCUGUGUGAUGCAAUGAGGCCUAUUGAUGGAAGCAAACUGCUUGAAUUCCUAAUAAAAAGUUCAUUUGUUGGUGUUUCUGGGGAAGAUAUUUGGUUUGAUGAAAAAGGAGAUGCCCCAGGAAGAUAUGAUAUCAUGAAUCUUCAAUUCAUUGAGCCAAACAGCUACGAUUAUGUUCUUAUAGGAACUUGGCAUGAAGGAAUUUUAAAUAUUGAUGACGAUAGGAUACAGAUGAAUAAAAGUGGGAUGGUGCGAUCUGUCUGCAGUGAUCCUUGCUCAAAAGGACAAAUAAAGGUGAUCAGGAAGGGUGAAGUAAGCUGUUGCUGGAUCUGUACCCCUUGUAAAGAAAAUGAGUUUGUACUGGAUGAAUUUACAUGCAAGGCUUGUGAUUUGGGCUGGUGGCCCAACCUAGGACUGACAGGUUGUGAACCGAUAGUUAUAAAAUAUCUAAUGUGGAGUGACAUAGAAUCCGUCAUUGCUGUGGCCUUCUCCUGUGUGGGCAUUCUCAUCACUAUGUUUGUCACACUGAUCUUCAUUCUCUACAGAGACACACCUGUGGUUAAGUCAUCAAGUCGAGAGCUCUGCUUCAUUAUCCUGGCUGGGAUUUUUCUAGGUUAUAUAUGUCCUUUCACACUACUGGCCAGGCCCACAACAACUUCUUGUUAUCUGCAACGUCUAUUGGUUGGCCUCUCCUCAGCAAUGUGUUACUCUGCCCUGGUGACCAAGACCAAUCGUAUUGCCCGAAUACUAGCAGGAAGUAAAAAGAAAAUUUGUACACGUAAACCUCGUUUUAUGAGUGCUUGUGCUCAACUGAUCAUUGCUUCAGUACUGAUUAGUCUGCAGCUUACUUUGGUAGUCACCUUGAUUAUCAUGGAGCCCCCAAUGCCGAUCCUUUCUUAUCCAAGCAUUAAAGAAGUCUACUUGAUCUGCAACACUAGUAAUUUAGGUGUGGUGGCUCCUCUGGGCUACAACGGCCUUCUGAUAAUGAGCUGCACCUACUAUGCAUUCAAGACUCGCAAUGUUCCAGCAAACUUCAACGAAGCUAAAUAUAUUGCAUUCACAAUGUACACUACUUGCAUCAUCUGGCUGGCAUUUGUUCCAAUCUAUUUUGGGAGCAAUUACAAGAUUAUUACCACAUCUUUUGCUGUCAGUCUUAGUGUCACAGUUGCUUUGGGCUGUAUGUUUACACCCAAAAUGUAUAUAAUUAUUGCCAAACCGGAAAGGAACGUUCGGAGUGCAUUCACCACCUCUGAUGUGGUACGUAUGCAUGUUGGAGAUGGAAAAACACCAUGCAGGUCAAACACCUUCUUCAGCAUCUUCAGAAGAAAGAAACCAAGUGCUGGGAAUACAAAUUCUAAUGGAAAGUCUGUGUCAUGGUCUGAACCAGGUGGAAGACAAGUACAGAAGGGCCAACACAUGUGGCACAGACUAUCAGUGCACGUGAAGACCAAGGAGGCAGGAUCAUCAAACCAGACAGCUGUGAUAAAGCCCAUAACCAAAGGCUACCAAAUUCAGAGCAAGAGCCUCACAUUUUCAGAUACUAGCACUAACGCUUUCUACAAUGUGGAAGAGGAAGAAGAAAAUGAGCCAGCAAUGUUGAACCUACCAAGUAGUCCAUCCAUGAUGAUACAUAGGCGAUUGAAUGCAACUCCUCCACCUUCUCAAGAAUUUGAGGAGGGAUCAGUAUAUCUGUCAGAUCAAGUCUCUAAAAGCUUACCACUGCAAAAGUCUAUUUUAGAUCAGCUACAUGGGGUUAUCAACAAAUUCUCAACCGGAAUUCCAGACUUUAACUCUGUUAUUCCAAUUCCCGGGCCAGAGAAAGGUUUUGACUCCAUCUACCCUACUCAGCAAGUGCUUCCACUUCAGAUGGUGGCUUUCAGUGAAGGUGUAGACUCCUCCACUGAGGAGGUAGAGAAUGAAAAAUUAAACCUUAUUCGGGAUUAUAUGUAUGAUAGCACAGAUACACCUGAUGAAGAACUUGUUCCAAGCAAAUUAGUGCUGGAGGACUCGCCUGCUUUGACUCCUCCAUCCCCUUUUCGGGAUUCAGUAGCGUCAGGCAGUUCUGUGCCUAGUUCACCUGUGUCGGAGUCAGUACUCUGCACACCCCCAAGUGUGACAUAUGCUUCAGUUAUUUUGAGAGACUAUAAGCAAACCUCAUCCACUUUGUAG